GGAGUGCGGGAGAUCUCCGGCUCCGGGAUCGUGGUCACGUGGGUUCUUUAGCUAACCACCCACUCCCUCUUCAUCGUCUUUAAAAGGAAGACGGACUAACGCCGUUAGUCGUGGGUAAUCUUUGCAGUCUCUGCAGCUGCUGGUCUUUUUGAAACGAACUCCCAGGUCCCUGCCUCCUCCGAGGCUUCUAGAAUCACCUCUUGAAACUUCCCGGGAGUAGAGGAGGCGGGGAGCCUGUCCAGGAGGAAGCUGCUUGUGCCGCGACUGGCAUCCUUGGUAUCUGCUCUGAGUAGAGUCUGGCAGCCACCGCAGGGCUGAGCGAUAGCCAGUGAACUGCGAGUCCCGCGCGGGGACCGAGGAAAGCACGUGUCUGCAUGUAGAGAAUGCAAAAAAGAGAAUGUUUACCUGCCAGCUAUUACACCUGCCCCUGAGUCUCUGAGAACACAAUGUCCGUCUGUACACCUUCCCACAAGGACUCUUCUCAGCUGCUACCUGCUCAAGACAUGGAUAUCAAAAACUCACCUUCGAGCCUUAAUUCCCCUGCUUCCUACAACUGUAGCCAGUCCAUCCUACCACUGGAGCAUGGCCCCAUCUAUAUCCCUUCCUCCUACGUAGAGAACCGCCACGAAUACUCAGCGAUGGCAUUCUAUAGUCCGGCGGUAGUAAAUUACAGUGUUCCCAGCGGCACCAAUAGCCUGGAAGGCGGGCAUGUUCGACAGACCGCAAGCCCAAAUGUGCUAUGGCCAACUUCUGGACACCUCUCUCCUUUAGCAACCCAUUGUCAGUCAUCGCUUCUGUAUGCAGAACCUCAAAAGAGUCCUUGGUAUGAAGCAAGACCACUAGAACACACCUUACCUGUGAACAGAGAGACACUAAAAAGGAAGCUUAGUGGGGGCAGUUAUGCCAGCCCUGUUACAAGUCCGAACUCAAAGAGGGAUGCUCACUUCUGCGCGGUCUGCAGCGAUUACGCAUCUGGGUAUCACUACGGCGUCUGGUCGUGCGAAGGAUGUAAGGCCUUUUUUAAAAGAAGCAUUCAAGGACAUAAUGAUUACAUCUGUCCAGCCACGAAUCAGUGCACCAUAGACAAGAACCGACGCAAAAGCUGCCAGGCCUGCCGCCUUCGCAAGUGCUACGAAGUAGGGAUGGUCAAGUGUGGGUCCAGGAGAGAAAGGUGUGGCUACCGGAUAGUACGAAGACAGAGAAGUUCCAGUGAGCAGGUGCACUGCCUGGGCAAAGCCAAGAGGAACAGUGGGCACGUGCCCCGGGUGAAGGAGCUGCUGCUGAGCACCCUGAGCCCAGAGCAGCUGGUGCUCACCCUCCUGGAGGCAGAGCCGCCCAAUGUGCUAGUGAGCCGUCCCAGCAUGCCCUUCACCGAGGCCUCCAUGAUGAUGUCCCUCACUAAGCUGGCCGACAAGGAACUGGUGCACAUGAUUGGCUGGGCCAAGAAAAUCCCUGGCUUCGUGGAGCUCAGCCUGCUGGACCAAGUCCGGCUCUUGGAAAGCUGCUGGAUGGAAGUGUUAAUGGUGGGGCUGAUGUGGCGCUCUAUUGACCAUCCGGGCAAGCUCAUCUUUGCUCCAGACCUCGUUCUGGAUAGGUCAUCCGAAGACCCUCACUGGCACGUUGCGCAGACGAAGAGUGCUGCCCCAAGGGAUGAGGGGAAGUGCGUAGAAGGGAUUCUGGAAAUCUUUGACAUGCUCCUGGCGACGACAUCGAGGUUCCGUGAGUUGAAACUCCAGCACAAAGAAUAUCUGUGCGUGAAGGCCAUGAUCCUCCUCAACUCGAGCAUGUACCCCUUAACUACAGCAAGCCAGGAGGCGGAGAGCAGCCGGAAGCUGACACAUCUACUGAACGCAGUGACAGAUGCCCUUGUCUGGGUGAUUGCUAAGAGUGGCAUUUCCUCCCAGCAGCAGUCGGUUCGCCUGGCCAACCUCCUGAUGCUUCUCUCUCAUGUCAGACACAUCAGUAACAAGGGCAUGGAACACCUGCUCAGCAUGAAGUGCAAGAAUGUGGUCCCAGUGUAUGACCUGCUGCUGGAGAUGCUGAACGCUCACACGCUUCGAGGGUACAAGUCCUCGGUCUCGGGGUCUGACUGCAGCUCAGCAGAGGACAGUAAGAACAAAGAGGGUCCCCAGAACCCGCAGUCUCAGUGAUGGCCGGGCCUGUGGUGGACAGUCUGCAGAGAUGGUCAAAGGUAGACCCGUGCACCCUCACGGCUCCUCUUGGUCAUGUACCCUUCCCCCACAUUCCACUUCCCAGGGGUCUGGGUGGGUGGACUGCAGUGUUCUUGUACCGGGGGUACCUCUGAAUGCAGAGUUCUAACUUUUGUAUAACCUUAGAAGGUUCUAGAUGUGGUCCUUCUCUCACUCUUCCAUCUCCUCUACCCACUUGGAAAGCAUCUUAAAGCUUCUGGGAUGAAUGGUGAAAGCCUGACUUGGAAGGGUUGGCAUUAGAUGGGAAGAGAUGUGACCCUCGGUCAUUCUUCCUAGCUCUGGGACCCUUUAAUACAGUUCCUCAUGUUGUGCUGACCCCCAGCCAUAAUAUUAUUUUCAUUGUUACUCCAUACUGUAAUUUUGCUACUGUUAUGAAUUAUAAUGUAAAUAUCUGGUAUGCAACCCCCAGAGGGGCCAUGACCCACAGGUUGAGAACCACUGUUCUAUAAGACAUGGACUGUAGAAUUAACCGUGUGGCUGUAAAAUCAGCCUUUGAAUGGUGUCUUCUGGACCCCUUGAUUGACAAUCAACUCGUUUCACAUUCCUACCUCACAGGCUUGUGAGGACUGACG